UCUUUCUUGAGAAUUUCAAGAAAUUUAUCGGAAAAAAGGCGAAUCAUGCCGAAAACGGCGUUAUUCGGUGUUCUAAUGAUUCUAUUGUUUUCGUCGUCCGUAAUCGGCGAACCGAUGCAUGACCACGAUUACAUCCCGAGUCAAGAGUUCGACUCCAAGUACCAGAUUCAACCUCCAACGUGUCACAUUUCAACUGCGGAGUUGCUUGCAACUGCAAGAGGAACAGCUCAGGAUUUGCUUCGAGGUGUCUGUGAUCCGAAAAUUUAUCGGAAAAAAAGGCGAAUCAUGCCGAAAAAAGCGUUAUUCGGUGUUCUAAUGAUUCUAUUGUUUUCGUCGUCUGUGAUCGGCGAACCGAUGCAUGACCACGAUUACAUCCCGAGUCAAGAGUUCGACUCCAAGUACCAGAUUCAACCUCCAACGUGUCACAUUUCAACUGCGGAGUUGCUUGCAACUGCAAGAGGAACAGCUCAGGAUUUGCUUCGAGGUGUCUGUGAUCCGAUCCUCCUGCAAUACAAGAAACAGUUUCGCCGAGUGCAAGCAACUCUGAUGCGACGGAUUCCGACUGCGACUGGGUCUACCUCGGUGGGAGCUGCUGUUUCUGGAACUUCUUUGAAACCCACAGACGAAAGUUUCUACGGGAGACACGCAAUGCCGAGAAAUUUGCAGCCAACAUCGACUUCGCCUCCUGGAAGUGGCCCGACCACGAGUGGGAAUCAGAAUAAACCCGAGGCCACGAGCAAUAAGCAUUUUGCGGAUUUGGACGAAACUGUGGUUCCCGGAGAUGACCAUCACGGCAUAUUGGCCGGUGCUGAUCAGGUUUUCGGCACUGACACGAUGCAGGAAGUGUCGGACUCCUUCCGGUUAAGCUAUUUGGACCACGGGCAGGACGUGGGCAAAUUCGACGCCGGGUCUCGCCAGUACGAAAUAGACACUUACAAUGCGACCAUUUCCGAACUCAAUGGACAACGACCUACCAUCAAUUAUCAGCAAAUUCAUCCUGAAUGGGAUCCAAGUUGGGCAAACAUGUUUAUACCGUGGGAGAUGCGAAAGUAA